UGAAGCUAUCAUCCCAGGUAAAUAUUGGAUUCACGUUUCUCAAGCAUCCCGUUGACGGCACAACUUAACACGUUUAUGCUCAAUUGUAAACCCGGCAAACACAACCGGCAAAAAAACCUGACCCGCGCAGGAGAGCAAAAUUCAACGAAAAACUUCAAGGGAAACUCCAACUAGACACCCGAGGGUAUUGGUUUUAUCUCAUCUGUUAGGGGCGUGUUUGACAUAUUCUGGAAAAGGGCGGCAAAGGCGGUUUGUCAUUGUUUUUUUUCUUCUUCUUGCUAGAAAAGAUAAAACGCAAGGGGCGGACGCUGUCACAAACCCAUUCCUAAGAAACAUGUCCCGGUUCGUCUCGGCCGGAGCGAUCGACGCCGCGACGGGUGAGGCGGUGGGUGCCGACGAGCAGCAGCAAGGCGGAGAGGCUGGCAGCAGUCGGAGGCAGGAGUGGUCUGCCGUCAGCCGGGAGCUGGACGAGCAGAGGAAGCGGAGAGAGGAGGAGGCGAGGAGGAACGCCGAGGAGGGUGGGGAGCCGAGUUUGUUUGCUAUCUUGCAGGCGAACAAGGCGGCGAAGCAGGCUGCGUUCGAAGAGGCAAACAAGAUCAAGAACCAGUUCCGUGCGCUGGACGAGGACGAGAUUGAGUUCUUGGACGAGGUCGCGGCGGCCAAGCGGGCGGAGGAGGAGCGGACGAGGAAGGAGGUUGAGGAUGGACUGGGCCGGUUCAGGGAGCUGCAGCAGCUCAAGGGCAAGGACGGCAGUCCUGGCGGUGACGAGGAGGAAGACGGCGGCGAUGGGGAUAAAGAGGAUUGGACUUUUGGGACGGGGGCGGGCGCGAGGAAGCGGAGGAGGAAGGACGACGGCGGCGGACUGAGGGGUCUGAAGGGUGUUGUGAGGCGCAAGACCGAGCAGGGUGGGGAGAAAAAGGAUCCGGGAGCUGUUGACGUCGCGUCGGAGAAGACGGAGAGUGUCAAGGGUCCGAUGAAGAGUGAAGAGAAGCCGGCUGCUGCUGCGAAGACGGCUCCUUCGGCUCCAGUUGAGGCUCCUGUUGCAAGUUCACAACCCAAACCGAGUUUGGGCUUGGUGGCUUACGGUUCAGAUGAUGAUUCGGAUUAGUAGUCUAAGGAUCUAUACAAAAAGCCUAAUAAACUCAUCGCUAGUAACUAGAGAGAAAAAAAAAGAGGAGAUCAUUACAUCUUGUACAGAAGUUUAG